CCGCUCGUCAAAGUCACACUGCAAUUGUUUCUUUUUUGUUUACUAUUUUAACAUAAAAUGAACGUGGGUGCACUGCUGAGACCAUUGCAGCUGCCCACACAAGUGACACGCUGCUAUGGCAAGCACAAUAAGAAGUAUUUAUACAAGGAUGGCAAGAAAUUCGAAAACAUAUUUUACUACCCAAGGACGCCCGAUCACCAGGAUCCGCCUGUUACACCAGCUAAGCUGUUUCGCGUGCAGCGUAUCAAACCAAUGAAAGGCAAUCCAUACUGGGAGCAGCGCCUACUUAAAGAUCUGGGUCUCGAUGGCAAGCAAAGCGACUUCACAGUUGUGAAGAACAUACCGGAGAACAAUGCGCGGCUGUGGAAGAUCAAGCAUCUGAUUCAAGUAACGCCCAUUACGUUCCCCUACGGCGAACCAACUGCUCAAGACGUUAAACACACAAUACUUAAGGAGAACGGCGAGUGUCUCGUAACAAAAGAUAUUGGACCUGUUGAAGUGCGCAGUGCGGCGCGCGAUGCAUUUGAUGAACAGCCGAAGCGGCUGGAUACAGAUUUGCUAAGAAAAGACGCACGUUUGAAGUGGCUGAACCCUUGGUAAAAGGCAGUAGCUUUAUCAAUAUUUAAGUAUAACAUGCUUUAAAAACAAAAUAAAGCAUUCUUUGUUUUACA